AUGUGUGGAAUCAGCGCCGUUCUUUCGCUGAGAGGCUGCCCCGCACCAUCGAGCGAUGACCAGCUAAAAGUACUCGAUGAUCAACUCAGUGCGAGUUUAGAUUUAAUUCAGCAUCGUGGACCCGAUGCGAGAGGAACAUGGAAUAGUGGGGAUGGCAAUGUUUACCUAGGACAUGUUCGACUGUCCAUCGUCGACCUUAGUCCACAGGCGAACCAACCGUUCCAUGACAGGGUAGAUGAGGUCUACGCAGUAGUAAACGGCGAGCUAUACGAUGACGAAUACUAUCGAGAGCUUCUUGGCAGCGAGUACGACUUCCAUAGUCGCAGCGACUGCGAGAUUGUACUGGCUCUCUAUAGACAUUACGGUCUCUCCUUUGUGUCCUAUCUUCGAGGCGAGUUUGCUUUGAUUUUAUGGGAUGCUCGCAGAAAGGUUUUCAUUGGAGCGAGGGACCGAUAUGGAGUCAAGUCGCUCUACUAUACCGUUGUGAACAAUCGGUUACUUGUGGCAACUGAGAUGAAAUGCUUUCUCCCAUUCGGGUGGAAGCCGGAGUGGGAUGUCCAAGGUCUCAGAGAGUGUGGGUGGAUUUUCGGGGCAGGAACGCUUUUCAAAGGGGUUCAAUCGCUUGUGCCCGGUCAUUAUAUCAUGAGCCGAGACUUUAAGCCCAUUCAAGAUGCGGUCUACUGGGAUAUUGAAUACCCCGACAAGCGAAUGCCUGAACCCCGAUCGGAAGAUGAGAUGAUCGAAGGCGUGCGGGCUCGUCUGAUGGAAGCCGUCAAGAUUCGCCUUCGCGCCGAUGUACCUUUGGGAAUCUAUCUCAGUGGUGGAAUCGAUUCCUCUGCAGUGGCUGGUAUGGUGGCCCAUCUUGUCAAGGAAGAGGGGACUCGACUUGGCAAUGAUGACAGCCAUAUUCUCUCGCGAAUCAAAUGUUUCACGGUGCAGUUCGACAAGGAUAGCGGGGCUGAUGAGUCAGACAUUGCACAGCGUACAGCCGAGUGGCUCGGCAUUGACUUUCAUCCGGUACCAGUGACCGAGGAUGUUAUUGUUUCCAAAUUCGAGGAUACUGUUUGGCACAGUGAAACACCCAUGCCAGAUACAAAUGGCAUAGGAAGACUUGCCAUGGCCGAGGUUGCCAAAUCCCAUGGCAUCAAAGUGAUUUUAACUGGAGAGGGAUCCGACGAGAGUUUCGCCGGAUACAAAGAUUUAACUCAAGAGUUCUUGCUUGAAACUGAUCACUCGUGGCCCUCUUCCUUAUCCGGGGCCGAGCUCACAGAGCUUAAACAGAAGCUCAAAGCCUCUUAUUCUAUGCCAGGGCUGCCUGAGAUUGGCAAAGGACUGCCUGAAUCGACAAGUCGAAUGCUGAAUAACACCACAAUGUUAAGCAGGCUUUUAAUUAUCGGUCGCCUUCCCUUCGCAAAAUGGACAGACAUCUACACAACCACACGCCCUGAAACUGCCCAUGUUGAAAGCAUUGAUGGGCGAGUUCGAGAUGCCAUUAUGAACCGCUGGCAUCCACUUCAUAGUGCAGAAUACGUCUGGACCAAGGGGUUUUUCUGCAAUUUGCUCCUGCGGUAUCUUGGCGAUAACAUCGAUAUGGUCCAUCACGUUGAGACGAGACCUCCAUUUUUAGAUCACCAUUUAUCAGAGUAUGCUAACAGUCUACCUCCGAGCCUGAAGAUCAAAUAUUCGCCGUCCGACGGGUCAUUUACGGAAAAGUAUGCCUUGCGAGAGGCGGUUUGUCCCUUCGUUACAGAUGAGAUCUACAAGCGGAUGAAGAAGCCCUACCUUGGACCCACAACAUUUCAAGUAAACGGGGCUCUGCAUCGAUUGUUUCGCCGUCUAACUUCCCGAGAGAAUGUGGAUGCGCUUGGGUUUGUGGAUUGUGAAAAAGUACAGGACCUUGUGCGGAAGGCUUUUGAAGAAAACGAUCCUUGGGCUUUCCGAGCCGCGUUUAGUGUCUGUCAAUUUGUGGUACUCUCGCAAAAGUUUGGAGUUGCAAGAGCCACAGUUUGA